AUGCAUAACAUUUCAGGAUCCCCUCCUGGAGGCAUGUUCUAUGAUUCUAAUAUGUACAGUACACCUCUGUCUUUGCUCCAACUUCCACCAACAGCCCUUCCUGAAAUUACGCAAAAACUAACACAGGCUGGUAACACCACAGCCCGUUUUUCACAAGACGGGAAAACUUUGGAAGAUCUCAAAGGCGUGGUGUCCAACAACGACUACCAACAAGCGGCAGAAGCUGAAGUGGACGUGGGAUUCGUUUGCAAGAAGUGUCAACUGGUCCAUCCAGCUGAAGUUCUCUGCCUCAACCACCAACGCUCCAGCUGUUUUGCCAAUAAAGCUCCUGGAGAAAAUACAAAGGCAAUAUUGCGGCUAGUGCAAGUGCAGUUGGAGUGCCGAGCUUGUCGAGAGAGAUUUCCUACCCUCCUCGACUUCAAGUUCCACUGCAAUGCAGAAAGACACGUCAAAAGAGUGCACAAGUUGCAGCGAAGUGAGCAGGUGACGCCUCCUAAUUCUAUGGCACCACCUAAUUCCAUGGUGCCUCCCAAUUCCAUGGUGCCUCCCAACUCCAUGGUGCCUCCCAAUUCCAUGGUGCCUCCAAAUUCCAUGAUUCCACCGAAUUCCAUGAUACCUCCCAAGUUACCAACCUGUUCAACGUCAUCACACUUCGCUGCCACUCCUGUUGCGCCUUCCAUGACGCCUCCACGUCUGGCACCACCACCCCUGCUUCUGCCACAGACAGGAAAUGAUGUCACGACCAGGAAUGGUCCGGACGUUACAGCUCAACACCUUAUGUUUUCGUCCGAUUUUCGAAACGAUCUGGAUAGUGCUCUUAGGCUUGGGCUCGAAGCUUCUUCUCUGGACCAUCCGGCUUCUACGAAAGCCGGACUUUGUUUCUCUGGAGAGGCGACUCUAAGUCCAGAAACUAAACGGAUCUAA